UCUGUCUUCCUUGUCAAGCCGGGGAAUGAAAACCGCCCGGCCGGGCGAAAAGGACCCGCCUUUGCUCCUGCUCGCCCCAUAAAUCACGCCGCCCCGCCCAAGACCGACCCAAAAGACUCGUCGAGCUCCCGACUACUUUCCAAGAUGGCCAUCGCGGAGACGGCAGCGGUGGUGACGACGACGACGGCGUCCGAGACGGCGCCCAUGUCCCCGGCCGCGGCGAAGGCCGGGGCGACGAUCGGGCCGGCAGCGAGGCGCGGGUGGCUGCGCCGGCUCGUGCCGCGGGAGUACCUGCCACGGAGCCGCCGGUGGAAGCCCCGCGCUGGCGUCGGUGGCGCUGCGGAGGCCGCGGGCGGGGGCGGGGUGGCGGGCCCGUCGUCGUACCGGAGGCUGGCGUCGUCGCUGUCGCGGUCGCUCCGGUGGAAGCGGAUGCCGGCGCUGCCGUCCCUCAGCCUGCGCGCCGGGUCGGCGUCGGCGGCGCUGGACGAGGUGGCGUUCCGCGUCAUGUACGUCGUGGAGGCCGUCGUGCUAGGCCUCGCGCUCUCCUGCUUCUUCCUCUGCUGCGGCUGCCACAUCUAGCCUGCCGCUAGCGCUAGCUAUGUACUCUGUUACUGUUUGUUUGUUACUUGCUCUCGGUUCUUUGGUUAGUAAUUUUUUCGUUUUGAUCGAUCGACUACUCUGCUGUAAAUUUCCCGCCAUGAGGAAAAACCAUGGAGAAAUUCCCAAUCUGCUCAAGAUGAUUUGCGUCGUU